UUAGCAGAUUUUCACGGAACCAUUCACGCCAAUGUCACCCAUUAUGACUAAUUUAACGGUGCACUGCAUUCCAAUUUGGGGAUCUAAGUCAGAACAUAUUUCAAGUUACGUAGAGUUUGAGGUAAGUCAUCGAGCACAAUUGAGGUGGGGAUAUAGGGUGAUGACUGAUGAGAAAAAACCGUCUUUAAAACCCCUAUAGCUCUUUUGAAGUUGGUAUGCCCAUUGGAAAAAAAAAAUCACUUUCCUAAAUAAUCUUAGUUUAAUGGCAAAAAAUCUAUGCCAAAACAUGUACUUGGCCUAUCUCCUUGUUUUGUCCAUCUGGAUUUCCCAUGCCCUUUCUCGCCCUCUCAACGAGGAAGACAUGCUGAAGAGGCAUGAGGAAUGGAUGGCUCUGCACUGCCGCGUCUAUACAGACGCAGCAGAGAAGGAGAAACGCUAUGAAAUAUUUAAGGAUAACGUUGAACGUAUUGAAGCUUUUAAUAAUGGUGUGGAAAAAGGAUACAAGCUAGGCGUAAAUAAAUUUGCAGACUUAACCAAUGAGGAAUUCUGUUCCUUACACACUGGUUAUAAACGCCAGUCCUUCGAAUCGAUGUCCUAUUCAAAACCCUCUACUUUCCGCUAUGGAAAUGUAACAUCCGUGCCAACAGUUGUGGACUGGAGGGAAAAGGGUGCAGUGACUUCUGUCAAGGAUCAAGGCACCUGUGGAUGUUGUUGGGCGUUUUCAGCUGUGGCGGCUGUAGAAGGAAUAAUACAAAUCAAGAAAUGGAAGUUAAUUUCUUUGUCAGAACAGCAGCUCGUGGACUGUGACAUCAAUGGUGAAGAUGAAGGAUGUGUAGGUGGCUUCAUGGACAGCGCCUUUCAGUUCAUCAAAAGCAACCGUGGCUUAACAACAGAAGCCAACUAUCCUUACCAAGGAUCAGAAGGAACUUGCAAAAAGGAAGCAACUCCAGCAGCUACUAUAACUGGGUAUGAAGACGUACCGGCUAACAACGAAAAGGCCCUAUUGCAAGCUGUGGCCAACCAACCAAUUUCUGUUGCUAUUGAAGGUGGUGGACGGUAUUUCCAGUUUUACGAGAGCGGGGUCUUCUCUGGGGAGUGUGACACAUACCUUGACCACGCAGUCACGGCAGUUGGCUAUGGAACCAGCUCGGCUGGGACCAAGUACUGGUUGGUGAAGAAUUCAUGGGGCACGGGCUGGGGUGAAAAAGGUUAUAUGAGGCUCCGGAGGGAUGUUACUGCCAAGCAAGGCCUUUGUGGCAUUGCAAUGGAAGCUUCUUAUCCAAUUGCAUGAAAGAAGAAAAGAUUAUUAUAUUCUAGUACUGUUAUAUUAAGCUGCGACCUCAUGUCAGUAUCAUGUAAUUUUCAUCAAGUUGUAAACUAAUGUAAAUUUG